UCCUUUUGUCUUUGCUCUGUUUCUCAGAGUGAAUCAAAGGAAACUUGUCUUUGAAAAGACUUCUUCUUUUGACUCGUCUUUUAUGUAGAGAACUUUCUGCUCUUACCAGAAUAAGUAAGAUUAAUGUUCAAUCUCAAGUAUUUCUGAGGGUAUACUCCUUACCCACAGAAAUAUACACUUGGGGCAAAAUCAGAAGAGGCUUCUCAUUCUCCCAACCACUGGACAGGAAGAGAAUUAACCCACAAUGGGUCAAGAAGAACCUCAAAAUAAACUCAGAGGCCAGCAUUCCCAGAUGAUCCCUUGGGCCAUUGCUGUUUUUUACAUCUCAGUUCUCAGUGCUUGUUUUAUUGCAAACUGUUUGGUAACUCAUCACAACAUUCUACGCUGCAGGAGAGAAGCAAGAGUGUUCAAGUUACCAGAGUACCACAUGAAGCUGACAUGCACCAGAGAGAAAUCAAAAUUGAAAGGGACCACCUGGAAUUGCUGUCCUUUUGGCUGGAGAGCAUUCCAGUCCAACUGCUAUUUUCCUCUUAAUGACAAUAAGACAUGGGAUAAGAGCGAAAGGAACUGCAUGAGGAUGGGGGCUCAUCUGGCCACCAUCAGCACAGAAGCUGAGCUGAACUUUAUUUCUCAAUUUUUGGAUAGACGAUUUUCAUAUUUCCUGGGAUUUAUAGAUGAGAAUCAUGGAGGCCAAUCCUUGGUGAACAAGACAGCAUUUUACCCACAUAAUUUAUUAUGGCAUGAGGGUGAACCCAAAAAUCAGGAAGAAAAUUGUAUUGUCCUUGUUAAUGUCCAAGACAAAUGGACAUGGAAUGAUUCUCCUUGUAACUUUGAGACAAAAAGUAUUUGUAAAUUACCUGGAGCAGCAUUCAACUAGAAACCUCCAAAGAAGUCCUUGCGAUGGGGACAGAAAAGAAGAACCAAUUAGACUAGGGAAGAAUGUACCUGCACCAUUGGAACAGAGAAAACCUGCUGAGAAAAUAGAAAAAUUUCAGUUAUGAUGGCCUUAUUUAUUUUUGUUCUAUUCAUUCAAGAUACUAUGUUUUUGUGUGGUAUGGUGGCAGGAGUCAUCUUUUGUGUGAGAAUCCAUUUUCAUUAACAUUGCUUUCUUGAUAGUA